AUGGUGACAUUCCCGAGUAUUCCCACUUCUCCUCGGCAGGCCAGUGGUGCCCGGGUCCUGAUCCCCGUCCAUGGCCACGGUGGGAGCCACGUCACCAGUGAUCGUCCCCAGCACCAGCGAGAGUUCAGCAGACAAAUGGAAGAAAAGGAAGCUUUGAUUAACCAGCUGAGCCGGGGAAAAAUAUCAUUCUCACAGGGAAUUGAAGAGUUGAAAAGACAGCUGGAAGAGGAGAACAAAAGCAAGAAUGCCCUGGCUCACGCCCUGCAUGCCUCCCGCCAUGAUUGUGACCUUCUGAGAGAACAGUAUGAAGAGGAGCAGGAGGGAAGGGCUGAACUGCAGCGAGCAUUGUCCAAGGCUAAUUCUGAGGUGGCGCAAUGGAGAACUAAAUAUGAAACUGAUGCGAUCCAGAGAACAGAGGAGCUGGAGGAAGCAAAGAAGAAGUUGGCCAUCCGUCUACAAGAAGCUGAGGAAGCGGUGGAAGCAAUAAAUGCAAAGUGCUCCUCACUGGAUAAGACUAAGCAUCGUUUGCAGACAGAAAUGGAAGACUUAACGAUUGAUUUGGAGAGAGCAAACUCUGCUGCCAUUGCUUUUGACAAGAAGCAACGCAACUUUGACAAAAUGAUUGCUGACUGGAAGCAGAAGUUUGAGGAGACACAGUCCGAGCUGGAGAUAUCACAAAAGGAGUCACGUAGUCUGAGUACAGAGCUCUUUAAACUCAAAAAUGCCUACGAGGAGUCCCUAGAUCAUCUGGAGACCCUCAAACGAGAGAAUAAGAAUCUUCAAGAUGAGAUCUCGGACUUGACUGACCAGAUCAGUGAAGGCAGCAAGUGCAUACACGAGUUGGAGAAGUUGAAGAAGAACCUAGAACAGGAGAAGAGCGAGGUCCAGGGAGCACUGGCCGAGGCUGAGGGUGCCCUUGAACAUGAGGAAAGUAAAACUAUGAGGAUCCAACUGGAACUGUCACAAACCAAAGCAGAACUAGAGCGGAAACUGGCAGAAAAGGAUGAAGAGAUUGAAUGUUUAAGACGUAACCACCAGCGAGCCCUGGAAUCCAUGCAGUCAGCUCUGGAUUCUGAGGCCAAGGCAAGAAAUGAGGCGCUGAGGUUGAAGAAGAAGAUGGAAGGAGAUCUGAAUGAGCUGGAAAUCCAGCUGAGCCAUGCCAACAGGCAGGCAGCCGAAUCCCUGAAGAUGCUGCGAAUUGUCCAAGCUCAGAUCAAGGAUAUCCAACUGGAACUGGAUGAAACAAGUCGACAGAACGAUGAUUACAAAGAGCAACUGGCAGUUGCUGAACGCCACAGUAAUCUGUUGCUGGCAGAGGUUGGGGAACUACGGGCGGCUCUGGAACAGUCCGAGAGAAGUCGGAAACUAGCAGAGCAUGAACUACUGGAGGCAACAGAGAGAGUGAACCUGCUGCACUCACAGAACACUGGUCUGAUAAACCAGAGGAAGAAGCUGGAAACUGACAUUACCUAUCUGAGUACUGAGGUAGAAGAAGCAGUACAAGAGUGUCGGAAUGCAGAAGAGAAAGCUAAGAAGGCAAUAACCGAUGCUGCAAUGAUGGCAGAGGAACUGAAGAAGGAACAGGACACCAGUGCACACCUGGAAAGGAUGAAAAAGAACAUGGAACAGACAACAAAAGAUUUACAGCUACGUCUGAAUGAAGCUGAACAGAUUGCACUUAAAGGAGGCAAGAAACAAAUACUGAAGCUCGAGACCAGAGCAAGGGAACUGGAGUCUGAGCUGGAGUCCGAACAGAGGAAAAAUUCAGAGUCAUUGAAAGGCCUGCGGAAGUACGAGCGGAGGAUCAAAGAACUGUCCUACCAGGGUGAGGAGGACAGGAAGAACAUUGUUUGUAUGCAAGACCUCAUUGAUAAACUGCAGCUGAAGGUCAAGAGCUACAAGCGCCAGGCAGAGGAUGCGGAGGGAAACUCCAGCACAAACAUCUCCAAGUUCAGGACCCUGCAGCGUGAACUGGAUGAUGCCGAGGAGCGGGCUGAGAUUGCAGAAUCCCAGGUCAACAAGCUGAGAGUAAAAACCAGGGACAUCAAGCAUGAAGAGUGAAAGACCUCGAGGAUCAUCCGACUCUGCAACCUCUGUUCUUUUGUUUCUAUGUAGAGUUAGUACUCCAAAUCCUGUGUGAAUAAAGCAAAUUGUGACAACUUCA